GUGUGCAAAAAAUUUCAUUCGGAACUAGCCGAAGUAGCCGCCAUAUUGAAAUUCAGCUGGCUGACAUUCUCGGGUGAAAAAAAUCUUUACUCUCAUUUUCCGAACAGUUUGAUGUGAACACAUAAUCUAAGGAAAUUUUCGACUUGCUGAAGAUCUUUUGCCGGUUAAAAACAACAACAAAAAAGUAUAAUACACGCACCAGAGGGCGGGUUUUUGUUGGCAAACAAAAACAGCGAUUAGCGCGCCGCUUUGUUGUUGCGGCGGCCAGCGCAUUGUGUGAUUCUGCGGAGUCUUGGCAUUUUUAGGAGUUUGCACGGAAACAGGAUUUGCCCCCAGGAGCAGGACACAUCAUGAGCACUCCGGGAGGCAGCGAUCUAGCGCUGGUGAAGGCGGCAACGCCAUCACCCUCGCCGAUGGCAAAAAUUGAUGUCGACUAUUUGGGUUCCAAGUUCGAGAUGCAUGCAUCGCUGUCGGAAGAGGAGCGUCGUUUCUAUCUGAAGAUGUAUCCCAGCGUGGACAUUGUGAACCAGCGCAGAGUUCACUGCACCGUGUGCCGCCAGCAUCUGGGCACCGCCCUCGCAGGCGAGAACAACAUCAAAAUGCAUCCCAUACUGCGUGUGACGCACUGCGUCAAGUGCCACGACUUCUACAACAGCGGCGAAUUCUCCAAAGGCGAGGAUGGCUCGGAGCUGUACUGCCGAUGGUGCGGUCAGGGAGGCGAGGUCUAUUGCUGCUCCACCUGCCCGUACGUCUUCUGCAAGUCGUGCAUCGUUAAGAACCUGUCCAAGGGCGUCAUUGUGGACAUUGAACAAAACGAGCACUGGAACUGCUUCAAUUGCACCUCGAAGAUCCUCUGGCCACUGCGGGCUCAGCACUGGGCGCUGGUCAACUACAUCCAAUCCACAAAGAAAGCUCUACAAUCUAUGCAGAUGUCUGAGCUAGAAGCCCGCCGCCAUAUGCUCAAGGACAACACGAGUUGCUGUCGCCUGGCCAAGGCGAAAGCUACAAGUCUCUCUGACUCUAUGGAGAGCUUGGAGUCGAAUACAUCGAAACGCAGUCAGGGCAGCUCGGCAAAUUCGGGCAAGAGGACACUACCGCCGAAGGCGAGUCCGGGACCGGCCACUAAACGCUCUAAAUCCUCCAAUGACGAGGUCGUGUGCACACCCGAUCUGCUCAGCAUCCUAGAGCCCGACUGUCAGCUCUCCAUGCUCCCCAAACCGCCAGGGCGUCAGCCGGGGCCGGCGUCUGGUAUUACGACUACCCCGAGGAUUGUCACCGUCCAGCAGAAUUACACGGGACCGAGUCCCAGCACGAGCAGCUCCAGCAAUGGUACCGGCCCCUCCACCUCGAUGGGAGCGCCACGGACUAGCCUGCCGCCGCCUUUGGUGCUUAGUGGUUCAGGAAUUCGGUAUCGUCAGAGUUCUCCUAGCAGUGUCACGAGUGUGCGACGCACUGUGGUGCCCAAUGUGGUGCGGAACAGUGGUCCUGUGUUCCACACCAUCAAUGGGUUCCGUGUCGAUCUGAACAGCGCUGCCCAACAGGACUCCUACCGCCUUCCCAAUGGACGACUAAUUCAAGUCAAACGCCAGAUGCCGAUAUCUAACCCACCGCCCGUGGCAUCACCGGCACCAACAGCGCCGAUCGUUCUUCCUCCAAUGAACCCGGGUGUGGUCAUUCGUCCGCGAGGUCCGGUUCCUAUUGGCAGACCGCCAAUGCAGGGUAACGCAUUUGGCAACAACAUUGGAAUCUACAAUCCGCAGACCAAUCAGCAGCAGCGGGCACCGCAAAUUGUGCGAAUUAACCAAAACCAGGCGACCACUCCAACGCCAGCACAGGUCCAAACACCGAACGUCAACGGGAGUGCAGGUAGUGGACAGACCUUGAUGAUUACUCCUGUGCCCGGUCCUCCUAAGACUCCAAGUCUUGUGCGGCACAAUUUCCCCAACACGACGUUGGGGCAAGCACGUUCCCAGCUGCAGGAGCAGAUCUUCAGCGCCAUGGACAUUUGCACCCACCUCACCGGCAAAGUGGUGUCACUUACCCACUCAAAUGCGUACAACCAGGUUCGCAAUUACCUUGACCUAAAGGAGCUGUACAUUCACAUGUCCUACCUCAUGACUUACGCCAUCGGGCGGUUCAAGCAUCUGCAGGAGAAGUGCCUGGUGGACAUGCGGGAGAUGGGCUUCAAGAACGAUGCAAAUAGUCUCGAAAACGGGCAACUAGCUGCCGCCGUCGACUAUGUCUGCUAUGGCCAGCUGGAUGAUGUGGAUCUCUUUAACACUGGCUGCAACAGUUUCCACAACCAGGUGUAUGAGUACCGCAAAAGUCUGCAUGCCAAUUUGAAGGAGGGCGAGGACUGCGAGCCACUGCCGCCGCUCAUGCCGCUUGGAGUUCGAGCCGAAGGCGAUCCGAUCGAUGAGGAGGAAACUCCUGAGUUGGAGCCAGAACAGAAACAAGAUGCCGAGGAAGAAGCAAACGAUUUUGAUUACGAUGAGGAGGAUUUAGAUGAUGACUUGGAUGAUGAUGAUCUGGAUAACGAGGAGUGCGGCGAACUGGGUACCGAGGAGAGCAUGAAUCGCAACGAACAAGCCCACGCCUACGACCGAAAGCUGACACGCCUGCUCCGCGAAUAUCCAUCGCUCUGGUGCACCCGUCAUCCGGACUAUGGAAAAAAAGAGGUUACUCUCAAACAGUGGCGGGUGAUUGCAACCCAUUUUCCCCGUGGCGACGACAUCAAGCUGCGAUGGAAGAACGUACGCAAGCGCUACGUUCGGAUCGAGCGCCGACUGAAGCAGGGAAAGCGCUUUAAGGGUUAUUUCGACAAGGCCACCAACUAUUUGGCCAACAGAGAUCGUCCCAGAAGCGAGUGGCUGGCGGUGGAUUGUGGCGAAGACGAUGGCGGGUUUGAACGAAAGCAAUUGGACGUCAUUGAGAACACAAUGGAACACAAGGAGCAGAAGGCGCCUCCUCCGCCACUGUCACCAAGUAAACCUAAGCCGCGUUUUCCUAUGCGACCCCUGGAGGUGCGUGCCAUCGAUCAGCGCAUUAUAACCUUCGCCAAGAGCCAUCCCGUGCUCUGGCGCAAAUCCACCGAUCCAGAGUUUAACAGUAUUGACGAGCAAACCAGAAAGUCUUUGUGGCAAAACUUUUGGAAGUCGGCGCCUAAUUAUGCAUGCGAGUACCUGGUGGAGCGCUGGCAACAAAUGUAUGAGAUGUACAAGUCCUUCCGCCUUAAGAGCAUUAAGGACAAGGGAAUUUUUGCGAAUCUCGAGUUAAAGUAUUCAAAGUACUUGGCCAGCCUGUAUUUCUUGUACAAAAUCGAUGAGCAGGACCUGCGCGACGAGUUUGAGCCUUUGCAGGAUUGCGUGCCUAAUGGUAGCGACCUGGCCGGCAAGCUAAAGGAUAUGCCAGACGACAAGCAGUUUGUUCAACAACUGGUGCUGGCUAUACGGGCUUAUCCUACUUUAUGGAAUCCCCGCCAUGUGGACUACAACGAUGUGGGAGCCAGGGAGCGUCUGUGGCCAGAGGUGGCCCGGAGGUUGCCACGAUUUAAGCGGGAUGCCAAGGCCUGUAAGCUGCGCUGGCAAAUGGCCAAAUUUGCGUACGAAUGCUAUUGCCGCGAGAUGGAGCGACAACUACCGACGCGGGCCAGCGAGCUGAAGCUCCAAAAGAUGCGAGCCAAUUUCCCGCUUGAAGAGAUGCGUUUUCUCAACACUUAGGCAUUACAUUCCACAGUGUAGUUUGGUUUACUUUAGUU